UACCAUAAUCUGGCCCUUCUGGGUAACGGAGAAUUACGUUAAAAAAAUAAAAUAAAUUGCUGCAAAAAAGAUUAUAUUAUCAGGAAACUGCUCUACUGGGGGGGGAUCUUCUUCUUCUUCUUCUUCUUCUUCCACGGCUCAUUGAUCGGUGAAUUCAGCCGCACGAACCCUAGUACUGGAAAUGCAGCCCGAGGCUUUGCCCCUCCGGUGAUCGGAGGAGAGGGAGAGAGAGCGCGAAUUCGACCAGUUCCGAGCCAGUGGACUCAGACUUGAUGGCUAGGCGGCAUGGUUGGGAACUCCCUGCUCACUCCCUUCAGGUUGUGGCCAUUACAGUAUUUUUGCUGCUAUCUGUUGCAUUUUAUGCAUUUUUUGCUCCCUUUCUUGGAAAGGACAUCUAUGAAUACAUAGCUAUCGGUGUUUAUUCCUUCUUGGCAAUCAGUGUAUUUAUACUCUACGUUAGAUGCACGGCGAUUGAUCCUGCUGAUCCGGGAAUUCUAAUUGAAGCUGACAAGACAUCAGCCUAUAGAUUGCAAAAUGACACAGAUUUACCUGGGAAUGCAUCUUCUACUGAGGAACCUGGCAAGGUAGGUAUGAAGAAUGGAGGAAGGUCAUAUAUGCAUGGUUCAGGUUGCUGUUCAAAAGUUGGUGGAUUCUUUUGUGGUUUUCUUGUUUGGGAAGAUUGCCGCAAAGGUGAAGAUUUUCUGCAGCAACAAUCUGGUGAAGAAGAUGCUUUGUUCUGUACACUGUGUAAUGCUGAGGUACGUAAAUUCAGUAAACAUUGCCGAAGUUGCGAUAAAUGUGUCGAUGGAUUUGAUCACCAUUGCCGUUGGUUAAAUAAUUGCGUGGGGAGGAAAAAUUAUAUGACAUUUGUUUGCCUUAUGGCAGUGAGCAUUGUCUGGCUUGUUGUUGAAUGUGGGGUUGGCAUAGCUGUCCUUGUCCGAUGCUUUGUUGAACGAAGGGCCACAGAAAGUCAGAUAACUGAAAGGCUUGGAAAUGGAUUUUCCCGACCUCCAUUUGCUACUGUUGUGGCCCUAUGUACAGCUGUUUCUUUACUUGCUAUUGUGCCUCUAGCAGAACUAUUUUUCUUCCACAUGAUUCUGAUUCGGAAGGGAAUCACAACAUAUGAGUAUGUUGUUGCCAUGAGGGCACAGAGUGAACCUCCUGGACCCUCUGUAGAUGGAGAAGAUCAGCUUAGUUUGCCUUCUUCACCUACAAGUUCUGCUACAACUGCAAUCAGUGGAAGAAGCUCUGUUGGGAGGGGCCUGCAAUAUAAAGGUGCUUGGUGUACCCCUCCUAGAAUUUUUAUGGACCACCAGGAUGAAAUUAUCCCACAUCUGGAGCCAGGACGAUUGCCUUCAACAGUGGAUCCAGAUGCUGUACAGCCAACUGACAAGGGGAAGUUACCCCAGCGUGCAGUCCGAAUCAGUGCAUGGAAGCUUGCAAAAUUAGAUGCCAAUGAAGCAAUUAAAGCAGGUGUUAAGGCCAGAGCUUCAUCAUCUGUAUUACGCCCGGCGAGUUCCAAACAUCAUCCUUAUCAUGGUGAAAGCUUAUCAAGUAGCAAUGUUAGUGGCAGAAGCAGUCCAGUCAGUACGAAUCAGGGAUUUCACGACAGAAAUGCAAGAGCGGGAACAUCAAGGAAGUCUCCUUCCAAAAGCUCAUAUCCUCCUAGUCGUGCUAGCUUGGAAGAUCUUGAAACUUGUGGUCACAGCCUCAGCAACUUAAGUAGUCCACAUCCUGCCAGCAACCUCUCCCCUUCUCCCUUGGAGCAGCGGGCUGCAAGUAGAGAUCACUUCAACCCGAUGUAUCUGUCAUCAGCCGAUCAGUCUCCUUGGUCAGUGAAAGCGAGCGAUGGGAACGGAACUGCAGGCCGUGACAAUUUACCAUCACUGAAACCCGUGAGGAAAAACAACCCAGGAGCCGCAGAAAACACAAGGUCGUCAGUUUACUGGGAUCAGGAAUCUGGGCGCUUCGUCUCUGCAGCAACCAGAAGUGUCGGUUCUUCUCAGGUUUCAGGGACCGAGCUUUUGUACACGGGUCAAUCCAUAUUCUUUGGUGGUCCUCUUGUGAACGAACAACUGAGCGCCAGCACAAGAAACAGCGGCUCCUUGGCUGCUGCUCCUCAGAGAGGUCCGACGUCAAGUUAUUUCCAGCAAGGCAGAUCACAGAGGGGUGGCCAGCUUCCUGUGUUUGUUCCGAGUGAUUCCCAGCAAAACCAAUUCUCUUCUAGGUUGUCUUGACAGUAUAAUGAGAUACCAUUUUGUUUCUCCAUAUAUAUGUAGAGCUUAGAUCCACGAUUUUUCAGUUUUCUAA